GGCAAGGAUGGCGCUAGAAUGUCUCGUGAUCUUGUGAACCAGGUUAAAGAUGUUAUGCUGUCUUGCCAGGAGUACGAGUCUUAUACAAGUGAUCAGAAGGUUGAGCUUUUUAGUGUUGAGGAUCAGAAUAGUACUGCUCAACAGUCUGGUGACGCAGUGGUCUCUUCAAAUGAAAGCAGCAUGAGAUCCAGGCCCGGCCCAUCUUUUGAUAUCUUUCUCAAGAAGACGGGGAUAGUACUAAAACCCUCUCAGUUUGAACUAAACAGAGAAAAGAUGAAAGCAGCGAAGGGGUACACUGGAAUUGUUAUUAGACCUGGAAUGGUACUUCUCAAGAACUACUUGUCAUUCAAUGAACAAGUGAUGAUAGUGAAUAAAUGCCUUCAGCUGGGUUUGGGUGAAGGUGGCUUCUAUCAACCAGGUUUCAGCAAUGAAGCAAUAUUGCACUUGAAAAUGAUGUGCCUUGGGAAAAACUGGGACUGUGAGACUCGUCGAUAUGGAGAAACUCGACCGGUUGAUGGUUCCAUCCCACCACAAAUUCCUGUUGAAUUCAGUCAGCUUGUUGAGAAAGCAAUUAAAGAAUCACAGUCCCUUGCUGCCUCAAAAUCAAAGGAGAGGAGGAGAGAAGUUAUUAUACCAUCUAUGUCACCAGACAUAUGUAUUGUUAACUUCUACACAUCCACUGGGAGACUUGGUCUCCAUCAGGACAGUGGUGAGAGCCAAGAGUCCAUCCGGAAAGGAUUGCCUAUUGUUUCAUUUUCUAUUGGAGAAGCCGAGUUUUUGUAUGGUGAUCAGAAGGAUGUUAACAAGGUAGAAACGUUAGUCUUGGAGUCUGGAGAUGUUCUAAUAUUUGGUGGAAGAUCAAGAAACGUCUUCCAUGGCGUGAGAUCAAUUCUCAAAGAUACUGCCCCCAAAGUUCUUGUUCAGGAAACAAGUCUCCGACCAGGUCGUCUGAAUUUGACUUUUAGGCAGUACUAGAGAUUAGUACCAAACUCAUGAUUGAUGCUGCAGUUAUUGCCUUUAUA